AUGAGUCAGUCGUCAUUAGCAUCAUCCACGGCAUCGGGGUGUGCGUCGGCGCCGUCAUCGUCCGGCAGCGCUGCCGUUCUUGCUGCUUGGCCGCUAUCAUCAGCGACAGAUAUAGAAGACACUACGGCGACUACAUCAGUGACGACGUCCGCCUCUGCUUGCUCUUUGACCGACGGUGACGCUGACGCCAGUGCGCCGCCCGUGCUACACGACGGCUUGUGGUCUCUUACUGCCCCACUAUCGGAUCCUUCAACGGUCACGACGACGAUAGCGGCGGCCGCGGAUGCGCCGUAUCAAGCUCCGGAGGCCUUGCCUAGCCUGCAGCCUCUGCCGAGUAUCGACGUGGUGCAGCUGCGCGGAUUCAUCUCGAAUGCGAUCGGAACGGUGUCUGCGAGCUGCGCUAUGCUGCCGCAAACGGUUUUGCCCACCUCAAUCUCCCCCUCGCAUGACGAUCCUGGCGACACGUUGGCGGCUCCACGGUCGUCGCCGCUGAGGGUACCGUCUUCCGUGGCGUCCCCUAGCGUCGCCAGCGACGCAUCGACAUCGCAGCAGGGAGUUGCGAGCUCACUGCCCACAGUUGCGCUGGCGCCGUCACCAGAGUCCCCGGUCCCGUUCGCGCCGGUUGUAGCUGCGGAUCAAGAGCACCAUAGUGACAUCCCUGGUUCGUCUCCAGCAGGCACCCCGUCGACCACGUCUGCUUCUUCGCCUUUGUCGCAGCCGCGGGCGACAGCCGAGGCAACGCGCAUUGUCGCUUGCGACUACACAGCGCCUGCCACUCGAGAGGAGCGCUUCCGCCUGGGCCUCUCACCGUCUAUUGAAGGUGCGGUCACUUCGCCACCGAUAUGCGGCGCAGCGGCAUCUCCUGGAGGCCAGAGCGCUACCCAUUCGCUACCAGCAACACCAAUGGCACUUGAUGCCAAGCCCGCUAGCACCUCAGAGGAGGACACGGUAGCGGUACCACUGCCCAGGGCUGGGAAUGGCGACCACUGCGUCUCAGGAGGCGGGGUUCUUCUAGGCACGACGGAAGCCCGUGUGGCGCUUGAUGACGCUGCCAUAGCAGAGCCUGCCUUGUCGCUCAGCUCUGUAGCCGUCAAUGUGAACGCAGGGGCCGGUCCGCAGGCCGAGGGUGGGGCGUCAUUCGAGGCACCCAAGAGGACCACGCCGCUACUGACGCGACCAGCGGCUGCACCGGGGAAACUGACAAUACCAACCGUGUCAAUCAACUCAGAGAUUGAUGGUGCUCGGCAGGAUGGGAAUGAUGAUUGCCGUUGGCUCAUGGUAAGUGUGGAGCCGCCAGUGAUACAAGAACCUGAGAAGGUGCCACCCGCUUCGCGAAAGCGUCGUCGAGCUGCGUUGGCGGUCCCCAACCGGCAGCCGCGUCGUCCUGCCCAAGGGGCAGGCAGUGAGGUGAAAGUCGUCGAGGAAGUGGAGCCGGCUCUUUCUUUGUCUGCACCGCCUGAAAGUGGUCUACGGCAUGCGACAGCAGCCGCGGGUAGAGAGAUCUGCCAUGCACCCACUUUGAUCAAGACUCACGCACCGGCGGCGGUGUCUGCCGCGGUGCGGGGGAGCGGUGGUGAGGGGGCGUCGGAUAAGCAGCGGCUGGAUGUGCUACCACCGCCUGUGGUGGCGCACGAAAGAGACGCUGGUGACAUGGACGUUUGCGCCUUGACGAUAUCGAAUACGCCGGAGGAGCUUCCAGGGGAUGUCCAGUAUGGCUUGCGCCGUGUGCCUGCAGAUUACGGAGCGCAGGCCGAAACAACAGAAGAUUCGUGCCAGACAGAGGCACCUGUGGUGGCCUGUAGCGGUAAAAAGGCGUCCGUGACGUCGCCGCCGUCGCCUGUUGCGAUAGGCGCGAGCGCUGCGGUGGCUCGUACCACCGUUACCCCAUUACCAGGCAGCAACCCCACCACCGAGACCUCCACAACGACAGCGGCCGUGCACAACGGCAAGCCGAAGAGGGGCCGUCGUGGUGCGCAGGGGACAGCAGCGGCGUCGCGAAAGGAUUCAGGGCCAGGGGCUCUGACGAAGGAGGCGGGCGCGCCUGCUUCUUUUCUGCCAGCUUCCUCCCGGCCAGUGCUGAAUCUCGCCGGCGUCAACGUGCAAGCACUCUUGGCCGAAGGUACCGACCCUCCCCCUCUGUACACACGCCGCCAGCGUCGCACGCGCUGGAGGUCAACCCUUGCCGAGGAUCAUCCUCUGUUUGCUGAGCAUCGCGACCUGUGGGAGCAUGACACGGCAGGUCGCAUCCUCCCCAGAGCACCGUUUGCUAGCGAUGCAGAUGUGCUGAAUUCGCUGACGGAGUGGACUGACUCGCCGGCGUUGGUGUACGCGCACCUCCUCUGGCGCUACGCACCGGCCCUAUUUGUGAACUUGGCGAUGCACGACAGCGACGCCACACUGUAUGUGAAGGUUGAGCCGAAAGUGGAGGCAGAUACCCGUGUGAAGCAAGAAAAGAUGGAAUGA